AUGGCAGAAGAACGUGGAGCAAUCAAUAAAAGUGGACCAUCAAAUUACGGAGCAACUGAAACUAAUGAAGGAGGAUCAAGUUCAGAUGAUGUGAUUGUAAUUCAAAGACAAGGGUGGCAAUUUAUUAAAUAUAAAUUUGAAGAUAUAUUCGCAGAAUUCUUGGGAACUUUUGUUUUGGUUUCAUUUGGUGUAGGAAGUAUCGCUCAAACUGUCCUCAGUAAAGGAGAAAAUGGGAAUUGGAUUACGAUUGCCUUAGGAUUUGGUUUAGGUCUCGCAUUAGGUAUUGUAGUUAGCGGGGCCGUCUCUGGAGGUCAUUUGAACCCAGCCGUUACUAUCACCAUGGCAGUUUUUCGUAAAUUCCCUUGGAUUAAAGUUCCGAUUUACAUUACCGCUCAAACUCUUGGAGCCUUUGUCGCGGCUGCGGUAGUUUACUUUAAUUACGUGUCGGCCAUCGACAAUUUUGCUGGAGGUGAUAGAAGUGUUACGGGACAAAAUGCGACGGCUGGUAUUUUUGCCACUUAUCCCCAACCAUUCAUGUCAAACUUGGGUGCCUUCUUCUCUGAAGCUCUUGGAACCUUCUUCUUAUUAUUGAUCAUCCUUGCCUUAACUGAUGAACGUAAUGCGCCUACCGCUAGAAUUGUUACCCCACUCACGAUUGGUCUUACCUUGGCCGCCAUUGCCAUUUCAUUUGGUUAUGAAACCGGUUUUAGUUUAAAUGGUGCUCGUGACUUUGGUCCGAGGUUGUUUACUUUCUUUGUUGGUUACGGUGUUAAAGUUUUCUCGGAACAUAAUUUCUACUUUUGGAUUCCUAUCGUAGCUCCAAUUGUUGGUGGUUUGGUUGCCGGCUUAGUUUAUGAUUCUUUGAUUUACUGGGGUGACAAAUCUCCUUUGAAUAGAAACUUAGAGCAUAGAUCUGCAUAG